AUGAAUUUUCGUGUUGAUCUUUUUUUUUUCUUUCUCACAUGUUCUUUCCAUAGAGUAUUUAGCGUUUGUCAGGAAGACAAUUUUGAUAUCUUUUUUCUUCAUUCUUUUUAUUUUUCUUCCAUUCUUUUUAUUUUGCUUUCAUUCUUUUUAUUUUUAUUUCAUUCUUUUUAUUAUUCUUUCAUUCUUUUUUAUUUUUAUUUUCCUUUUCCUCAUCAUUAUAUAUUUUUCCUAAUUUUUUCUUUAUUUUCUUCACUUUCUAGAUUUUCCUUUUCCUCAUCAUUAUAUAUUUUUCCUAAUUUUUUCUUUAUUUUCUUCACAUUUUAUUUUUUUCCAUUUCUUCCUCAUUUCUCCUUCAUUUUUUCUUUACUUUCUUCACUUUUAUAUUUUUCUUUUCCUCAUCAUUAUAUAUUUUUCCUAAUUUUUUUCUUUAUUUUCUUCACAUUUGAUUUUUUCUAUUUCUUCCUCAUUUUUCUUUAUUUUCUUCACUUUUAUUUUUUCCUUAUCUUUAUAAUUCUUCAUUUUUCCUUCAUUUUUUUCCUUUUUAUUUUUUUCCAUUUUUUCAUCAUUCUUCAUUUUUUCUUUCAUUUUUUAUUUAUGUUCUUCAUUUUUAUUUUCUUCGUUUCUUCUACAUUUAUUCUUUUUUAG